AUGAAGCCUGUCACUCUUUCCUUCCUCCUCGGCCUCACCAGUCUCGCCAGCCUCGCCAGCCUCGCCACAGCCCGCACAGACCUGUCAGGCUGCGUCUCCUCGGAAGUCAUAAUCGAAAAAUACUACGCCAGCUACCUCUGGUACGUCCCAGACACCGGCGAAAUCUGCUCGUUCCUCGACUGCGGUGGCGGCCGCGCACCCCCCAAAACCACCCAACCGGGAUGUCCACAAUACAGCGGAACCGCAACGCUUACUCCCGACUACCUAGAGGGAUGGGGACCCAAUGGCAAACAAGCUGCAUCUGCAACUACCGCGGCGUCGACUGCUUCAUCAACUGAUGUUGUCAUCGCUUCAGCUACACAUACUUCUGAGGCGUCAGUCGCGUCGGACUCGUCCUCUGCGUCUUCUUCUGCUUCAUCCCCGUCUGGCACCCAGCCUGCUGAUAGCAUGAUCACGGAGGCUCCUUCUGGUCUUAGCACCGUCGCGUCUUCUUCGAAGACUUCCACGUCGGACUUGGCUGCUAGCAGCGGUACUUCUACUUCUGCUGCCGCGACCAGCUCACCCACUUUCAAUGCUGCCACUAACCCUGCCUCCAAUGUGGCUGGUGUCAUGGCUGUGGUGGCUGCUAUGCUCGGGGCUAUGGUUCUGUAA